CGCCUCUCCCCCGGAAGUGAUUCUCUUUCCGGAAGUCGCGCCUUCUGCCGCUUGGUCUCUUUCCGCCGCCAUCUUGGGCUCCGCUUCCCGUACAAAAUGCCUGGCGAAGCUACAGAAACCGUCCCGGCCACAGAGCAGGAGCUGCCGCAGCCACAAGCCGAGACAGUUCCAGCUGCCCUCCCUCCUGCAGCCCCUGCUGCCACUUCUCCUGCCGCAGCGCCAGGGUCCGGAACAGAGUCUGACAGCGAUGAGUCUGUACCAGAGCUCGAAGAGCACGACUCCACACAGGCCACGACACAGCAGGCACAGCUUGCAGCAGCAGCUGAAAUAGAUGAAGAACCUGUUAGCAAAGCAAAACAGAGCCGAAGUGAAAAGAAAGCACGGAAGGCAAUGUCUAAACUCGGCCUCCGCCAGGUCACAGGAGUAACCAGAGUCACCAUCCGCAAAUCUAAGAACAUCCUCUUUGUCAUCACAAAACCAGACGUGUACAAGAGCCCAGCAUCAGACACCUAUAUAGUCUUUGGAGAAGCAAAGAUUGAAGACUUGUCCCAGCAGGCCCAGCUGGCAGCUGCCGAAAAGUUCAAAGUGCAAGGAGAAGCUGUGUCAAACAUCCAAGAAAACACACAGACCCCCACCGUGCAGGAGGAGAGCGAGGAAGAAGAGGUUGACGAAACCGGUGUGGAGGUGAAAGACAUCGAGCUGGUCAUGUCCCAGGCCAACGUGUCCCGAGCAAAGGCAGUCCGUGCCCUGAAGAACAACAGCAACGAUAUCGUAAACGCUAUAAUGGAGUUGACGAUGUAGCCGUCCAGAGGAGGAGCCUAUUUUUUUUUUUUUGGUAUUUCAGAGAAGAGUUAAAGGAACCUAAAUUUAAAAUUUGUACUGUUUCUAUCAGUUAAUAAAAGUUAAUUGAUAGAGCCGCA